CUUCCUCAUUUCAUAAGCAUGAAACGUGAUUUUCUGGUUGACCUUGUCGUCGCCAUCUACGGAUCUGACUUCUCAUUAACGUAGUGAUUCCUUGAAAUCUUAGAAAUACCAAGUUCGGUCGACUUACUAACUAUACGAGAAAGAUACAUGAAUUCGAUACAUGAAUUUAAUCACGUCGGCCCAUCAUAAAUUAAAUCUGACUUUUCUGUAUACUUCCCUUUAAAUUUAUCAAUAAAUUCAAAGGUGGAAAACAGAGUGGGACAUAAGAAAUAACAUAAAAAAACCUUUUAACAUAAAUAUGUUAAGAUAAAAUUGUUAUUAUAAUCAAAAGUGCUGUGUUGUUAUCAACGCAUUAAAGGGGAAAUUUAUCUCGUGCAAUAUACGAAUGAGGGAAAAACCAAGUUUUUUCUUUUUUUUACAAAAUAAUGUGUCUGUGAGAAAUGGAGUGAGUAAGAAAGAGAAAGAGGAAAAUUCUUGGGUACACGUAUUUAUUCUUUUUCAAGUUGUCGUCGACCCGUGCAACGUAUCAGAGAUUCAUAUAUAAGUAAAGAGUCUCGAUAAAUUUCCGUACAGUCGAUCGUCGACCUUCCGUGAGAAACUUUGUUUGAGAAGUUUUGAGAGUCGUAUAUAAAGAUAGUUUUUUGUGAUCUAUAAUAAUUUAUUAUAAUCAAUUCUCUCUCUCUCUCAUCAUGACGAGCCGUGUCAGCGUUUUUACGAUUUUAAUCGUGCUUGCAGUAACAUCAAACACCAUAGCCUUUCCUCAGAUGAACUUGAAUUUAGAUGAUUUUUCUCAAGUUAAUGGGUUCGCUUUUGACGGUCCUAUAAGAACUACAAGUCAACGUCCUGCAAAUAAUGGAAUUAUGGAUAUUACAACAACGACACGAGCAACACCUGCACCUGUUACGCCAGGACCCCCAGGUUAUGAAGAAUGCAUUUCUUCGUGUGCGGUUACUGCAGAAUAUAAUCCUGUAUGUGGAACAGAUAACAUCACAUAUGAAAAUCCUGGAAGAUUGAAUUGUGCAGUUUUGUGCGGCAAAAAUAUAAAAACAAAUACAUACGGACGUUGCGGUGCUGAUGGGCUAAGAGGUUAAUUGAUCUUUGGCACGAACUGAUAAUAGUGAUUUAUUAUUAAAUAGAUAAGUAAUCUAUUAUGGAAGACUGUUUAGUGAUUUAUGUUUUAUAAUUUUUUCUAUUAAAAAUUUCUUUUAUUGCUUCUAAUACGUUUCUUCGAUAAUAUUAAUAAAUAUCAAAAUAUCAAAUUUAAUAUACAUUCUCAUUUGUUUUUUCUCUAUUAGAUUAUUAUUAACGAUAAAAUAAUUUAUAACAAUGAUUUCAUUUUCAUCAUACACCGUUAUUAAUUGUUAUUAAUAAUUGACAUUUAUUAUAUUUAUUGCGUAUACACUGUAAUUAUCUUCUUUUUUUGUAAAAAUUAAAAUAAUUUCCAAGUAACAAA